AUGCAGCCUCUCACUCUAUACACCCAUCGAUCCGGGCCCAAUCCGUGGAAAGUGGCCUUCUACCUGACCGAGCUUGGGAUACCGUACACCGAGGUAUUUCUUGACUUCGACCAAGUCAAGAAGCCAAGCUUCACGAGUAUCAACCCCAAUGGGCGUGUCCCGGCUCUCCACGAUCCCAACAACGAAACCACCGUCUUCGAGUCGGGUGCCAUCCUCGAGUACAUCGCCGAAAACUUCGACAAAGACGGCAAGCUGUGCUACUCAAGCGGCAAGGAAAAGUACCAGCAGCUCAGCUGGCUCCACUUCCAGAUGUCCGGUCAGGGGCCGUACUUCGGCCAGUGCGCCUGGUUUUUGCUGUACCACGGGGAAAAGGUGCAGUCGGCCAUCGACCGGUACGCUGGCGAAAUCAAGCGCAUGCUUGCCGUCAUCGACGCCCAUCUCGCCGCGACCAAGUCCGAUUACCUGGUCGGCGGCAAAUGCACUUACGCUGACCUGGCCUGGGUUCCGUGGAACAUCGUGGCGCACGAACGCUUGGUCCCAGACUGGGAUGCGAGUGUGCAGCUUCCACACUACUGGGCGUGGCACCAAAGGUUGCUUCAAAGGGAGGCCGUGCGCAAGGUCUGGGAGCAGAGGCGGUUAGCGAUCGAGUCUUGA